AUGGGGGUUUUGGUUAUGAAACGGAUUUUAUUAAUAUACUCACUUGUGAAUGGUGCAUUAUUCGUUUGCUCCAUGCAUUUGAGAAUGGGAGGCAACGAGACGGAUAGGCUUGCACUGCUAGCCAUCAAAGCUCAAAUAAAGCCAGAUCCUCAUAAUGUAUUGAGCUCCUGGAAUGAAUCCAUUCACUUUUGCACGUGGCACGGUGUCUCCUGUGGUCGAUACCAUCACCAGAGGCAGAGGGUCACAAAGCUGGACCUGCAAUCUCAAAACCUGGUAGGGUCCCUAUCUCCAAACAUAGGAAAUCUAAGUUUCCUAAGGGAACUAGAACUACAAAACAACAGCUUCAGCAUUAAAAUCCCUCCAGAAAUUGGGAAUUUGGGUAGAUUGCAGGUACUAUCUCUACACAAGAACUCAUUUAGUGGCCCUAUUCCCUCAUCUAUGAUUGGGUUGAAAGCCAUAGAAGAAUUAGACCUUUCUCGCAACAAUUUGUCGGGUGAAAUUCCAAAAUUUCUAGAGCGUUUUGUCUUAUUGAAGAAACUAGACUUAUCUUUCAAUGAAUUUUGGGGAGCAGUACCAACUGGAGGUGCUUUUAAAAAUGCAAGUGUGAUUUUAAUUACUGGCAACGCCAUGCUCUGCGGCGAAAUUGCUAAUCUCCAACUGCCCAAGUGCGAGUCCCCAAAGGGAGGAUCAUCUCGUAGCUUGAUAAUCCGUUUAGUACUCUCUGGACUUGCUCUUCUAGGAAUUGCUAUGGAGUGUUACUAUUUCUUUCUUUGUUCGUCGAGAAAGAAAAGGAAAGAAAUUCCAUUGAGCACAUUGCCGAACUCUGUUGUGCGAGUGUCAUAUGCUACUCUCCUAAAAGCUACUGAUGAGUUCUCUUCCGCUAAUGGGAUUGGUGCAGGCAGUUUUGGGUCUGUGUACAGAGGAGUUCUUUAUGAUGAUGGUAAAGCCCAGCUUGUUGCUGUGAAGGUGUUCAACUUGUUGCGGCAUGGAGCAUCGAAGAGUUUCAUAUCCGAAUGUGAGGCUUUAAGAAACAUCAAGCAUAGAAAUCUUGUCAAGAUUAUAACUGCAUGUUCAAGUGUUGAUUUUCAUGGUCAUGAUUUCAAGGCUCUGGUUUACGAGUUCAUGGACAGAGGAAGCUUAGAGGAGUGGCUGCAUCCUCCUACUGAAAUUGAAGAGGUAAGGGAGGCACUCAAUCUAGAGCAAAGACUAGACAUUGCCAUUGAUGUUGCUUGUACAUUGGAUUAUCUUCAUAAUCAUUGCGAAACACCAAUAGUUCAUUGUGAUCUCAAGCCAAGCAAUGUUCUUUUGGAUAACGAGAUGACUGGACAUGUUUCUGACUUUGGACUCGCAAGAUUUCUCUCCCAAAAAACUGGUACUAAUGCUUCAGAAAAUCAAACAAGGUCCAUUGGAAUAAAAGGAACAGUUGGUUAUGCUGCUCCAGAGUACGGUAUGGGAAGUGAGGUGUCAACAAAUGGAGAUGUCUACAGCUUUGGUAUUCUUCUGUUAGAGAUGUUCGCAGGAAAGCGACCCACCGACGACAUGUUUAAUGGGGACCUAAACCUUCAUACUUUCAUUAAAAUGGCUUUCCCUGAGGGAGUUAUGGAGAUUGCAGAUUCAACACUUUUUGAAGGAGGCAUUAACGAGAGAAGGGUUCAAAAGAUUGAGGUGUGCUUAAAUUCAAUAUUUAGAAUUGGAAUUGAAUGUUCUGCUGAAUCUCCAACGGACCGUCUGAAGAAUAUCAGUGAUGCUGCAUCUGAACUGCGUUUCAUUAGAGACGUUCUUCUUGGAUAGGGAAACUUUUAUGUGCUGCCUGAGAAAUACUCUUGUUGCAGCAUCAUGUCGUUUUAUUGGUGUGUUUGCGCUUGCAGCCCUAGAAAUGUGAUCAAAGUUAUCAAGCUAGCUACUACAUGUCGUUUCAAUCUCUUGUCAUGACCAUGUUUGGACUUGAAUCAAGUUCGUUUUGUCAUGACCAUGUUGCCAAUGGAAUUGUGAAUGGUUAUAACG